UUUUGUAUUUGUAAAGUUGUUAGUCAUUUUCGCAACAAAAACAAAAACAAAAUUUAAAAACAAUAAACAGCUGAACCUCACCAGACGUUGAUGCGUUUGCUCAACGUACGGCGUGUGUGUGUAUUUUCGAAAUUCUACAGCAAACAUGAAUAAAAUGAAUACCUUAAAAACCUACGUUACACGUCAUCCAUACAUUGCUACCAGUAGUAUUGGACUUAUAACAACUUGUGGCUUGAUUUUGUAUGAAAAACAUAGAAUACAUCAAUUUUUAAAGAAGUACACGAGAUCAGCAAACCAGGAAAAUACAAAAAAACGACCAGAUUAUAUAUACAUUAAAUAUCACAUUUACAAAGAGUCUAUGCGUAAAAUGAAACAAAAAGAAGAAGAAGACAAGAAAUGGGUCAACGUUAUCAUAAAUCCCAUUGGCAAAUGGUGGAAAUCGGCCAAACAUUCGGUCGCUUGGCGUUUAUUGAAUAUAGCACAAACUGGUACUCGACAUGAACGUCUUAAAGCGGUUCGACAAUUGGCACGUAUCGAUCAUUUAAAAGACUGGGAUUUUCGACAUUUAGCACAGAUAUGUGAUGCCCGCACAGCCAUUUCAUUAGCACGUUCCGGUGCUGAUAAACGUUGGUUCCUACCGGUACAUAUGGAUGGUUGCAUUAAAAAUCCAAAGAUCCUGCUAUCCGAUUGGCAUGGUUUACUUUCAACUUUACUUAAAAAUUCCUGUGUUCAUCAUUUCUUUAACAAAUAUUUUCCAGAUCAAAGUUUGCAAGACACAAUGGAUGAAUUUUUUCCACAAGAUAGUUUAAUUCACUUCUCACAAGAUGACACCGAUUUAUUGAAGGAAGUUAUAGCGUUUCUACAUCAUUUGACAAAAGAUUUGAAGUCAUCACAGCAUAUAAUUGAGAAUGGUGGGUUAUUGUUGUUAAUGGAAUUGCGAAAAUUAUUCCGCCAUGAUAAUGAAACAUUAUCUACGCUAUGCAAGGUUUUAGCAAAUAUGUCCAUGGUGCCCAAUAUUACAGAGCAUUUUUAUCAAUCUGGUUGGGUAAGUGUGCUCGCACAUUGGCAGGAGUGUUCUGAUAUACGUUUGCAAGUGAUUUCCGCUAAAACAAUGGCUAAUCUGGAUUAUGAUGAUCCAUAUCAUACUAUAUAUCCACCUAAUGUAUAUCCCCUCCAUCCACGUACGCGUACGCGUGCCAAACCGAAAGCUGAUAUAGUCUUCAUACAUGGCUUGUUGGGUGGUGUUUUUAUAACAUGGCGACAAAAAGAUCGUAAACCAACUGAAUUGGGUUUAUAUGGUAAAAAUGCAUUUUAUACUAGCGAAGCAGAUGAUGUCUUCUUAGUUGGAGAGACACGCAGAACGAAUGGCAAAAAUAAUGGAGAGAAUGGAAAAACCAAGAACGCUGCUCCCAAACAAAAUGGCAAUGGUAAAGUGAAUAAUCAAACCAACGACAUUGCAAAAGUAAUGGGAAACGAUAGCACUUUUCCGAAACUUGAUCAUAUAAAUGAUCCAAUUCUUAAAACUGCCAAAAAACCGCAUACUAAAACAGUAAAUAUAAGCGAUACUGCAACAAAAGAGUUCGUUGAGGACUUACAAAAUGAGGCUGAAUUAGAGUCGGACUGGGAAGUUGUACAUCCAGAUGUACCGCUCAAGGCUAACGAUGGCUGCUGCGGUCCAUUUAGUGUUUCCGGCAGUGAAUGGCUAAAUCAGGAUAACCUAGAUGAUUACACAAAUUGUUGGCCAAUGGAAUGGUUACCUGAAGAUUUUCCAAACACUAGAAUUUUAGGAAUCGAUUAUACGUCUGCUGUUACAGAAUGGUCAGCAAAUUUUGCCAAAUACUGUCCUUGCGAAAAGGGGCAAGGUCAAAUCGAUAUACGUGCAGCCACACUACUCGAACGCAUUUCUCAAUCUAAAAUUGGUCAGGAUAGACCUAUCAUUUGGAUUGGUCACUCAAUGGGUGGUAUACUCACAAAGAUUAUGUUAUUAAAAGCAAAGGACAGCAUUGAUCCACAAGUGAAACAAAUUGCUAAAAAUACAAAUAGCAUAGUAUUUCUUGGUACACCACAUAGAGGAUCUCCAAUAGCUAAAUGGAAACAGCAUAUGCAACUUAUAUUGUCACCAUCGAUAGAAGUGAAAGAAAUGGAGGAAGGUUCACCGAGGCUACUUGAAUUGCAUUCCCGUUUUAUGGAUUCUCUUAAAACAAAUUUUCAAAAUAUUAAAAUUGUAACAAUUGCUGAAGGUCGUCCAACCAUGUUAACUACAUUUAAAUUUCCAUUGCGUAUUGUAACUGAAGAUUCGGCAAAUAUCAAUGUCGGUGAUUUCUAUAUACUUAAAGAUGAUCAUUUAAGUCUAUCGAAACCGAUAUUUCGUCAAUCGUUUUUAUAUCAACGUUUGCUCAAAGUCAUUGAUGAUUCAUUAACCGAAAAAGAAACAUCAACUUCUGAAGAAAUACCAGGUGCAACGAUUUACUUGCAAUCCGUUAAAAACAAUAAAAGGGUCGCACAAAAUUCAACACAAACUCCAACUAAAACCACAAAAAGUAUUUUUAAUUUUUAUCCUAAGAUAUCUUUUAAGUUACCGACACCGUCCGUUGAAACAUAAUUCAUCUGUAGGCACCCCAAAUCGUUGGUGCGAAAAUGUAUAUCAAACAUUACAACAAAAACAAAUUUCAUUUAAUUUGGCCAUCGCAUAACUUUUAGUAUUUUAGUAUUCUAUCUCACAAAGAUUUUUUGUUCAAAUCAUUUUAUUCACAUCCUAAUUUAAUAACUUAUAUAUAUUUUGUACUUAUCGCAUAAUACCUUAUACAGGUUGACAUAUCGAAAGAAAUCAAAAAAAAAAAUUAUAUUCUCAAACUUUUCGACAAAUUUUUACCAUUAAAAAAUAAAUGAUACCAU